AUGGAGAAGGAGAUUGAAAGCUUGUAUGAUUUCGUGAAAACUAUGUACGGGAGGAGGUUCAAAGAACUAGAGUUAAUGGUGAGGGAUCCAUUGGAUUAUGCGCGGCUAGUGAAAAAGAUUGGGAACAAGAUGGAUCUUAGUGAAGUUAGUCUGGAAGAUCUUCCAGCUCCAACAGCGCUGGCGAUUUCGAUGCUCUUCUCGAUAAUGGACAUGCCAACACUGGAGGAAUCUGAUUUGCAGCGCGUGCUCGAUGCAUGCGAUAGGAUUAUCGAGCUCACGGAGACGAGAAAGGAGGUUUUAGGGUUCUUGGAGAGCGAGACGAGCUCUGCCGCUCCAAACUUGUCAGCCAUUCUGGGGAGCUCCAUAACCGCAAAGCUCGUCGAAGAAGCUGGCGGGCUCGCGUCGCUGGCUAGCAUGCCGGCAUGCAACGUAAAGCUUCUAGGCAGGGAGGAGAUCGACGAUCUAUUAGGAUUCUCAUCAGCGACGGUGAAGAACAAUGGGAUGGGGCAUGUUUUCGAGUGUGAGAUUGUACAGUCCACGCCACCGCCGCUUCGAAAGAGGGCGUGUCGCCUCGUUUGUUCAAAGGCAGCAUUAGCAGCUCGUGUGGAUGCUACCACGACGAUCAACAGCACUAAAGGUGGCGAGAUUGGGAGAGCUCUACGCGAGGAGAUACUUAAGACGAUCAACAAGUGGCAAGAGCGGCCACUUCUAAAGUCCGCCACGCCCUUGCCAGUUCCCCGGAUUGGAGAAUCAAAGAAGAAACGCGGCGGGAGGAGGUACCAAGCACCGUACGGUCGCGCUCAAGCCGGUGGGCUCAGUCUCAUCGUCCGGGUAAAUCGGUUUGUCUAUACCUCUCGGUAUGGACUGAAGUACGACCUAGAGAACAGAUCCUGUUCAAGUACAGUCGUGAAAGCUUUCGUCAUGGAGCUUCUUAUAUGUUGGCCCUCUUCGCGUGCGCCAGGGCAUGUGGGAUAG